UUGUGCGCAUGUGAGUCAAUACGGGAGGUUGUUAUCAGCCUACAAUUGAAGUUGGAGCCUCUAUACUAUUGAUCGAAGGUUUGGAGAUAUUACACCUUCAAGAUGGCUCUCAAAACAUUGGUUGGAAAUAAGAUUAUGAAUGACGUGAUACGGGCGACAGUUCAAGCUCACAACAAGACACCGGGAAAGAUAGAAUGGAGGGUUCUUGUUGUGGAUGAUUUAAGUAUGAGAAUGGUCUCUGCUUGUACUAAAAUGCAUGAACUCUCUGCUGAAGGAAUUACAAUUGUUGAGACAGUAGAAAAGAAAAGGGAGCCAAUGCCAGCUAUGGAGGCUAUCUAUUUAAUAACUCCAAACCAAAACAGUGUUCGCUGCCUCAUGGGUGAUUUUCAGAGUCAGAAUCGAACUCAGUACAAAGCUGCCCACGUUUACUUCACUGAAGUUUGUCCCGAAGCGGUGUUUAAUGAACUGUGCAAGCAUCAAGUUACUAAGUUUAUCCGAUCUCUAAGAGAAAUUAACAUUGCUUUUACCCCAUAUGAAUCUCAGGUUUUCUCUUUGGAUAUUCCAGAUGCAUUCCAGUUCUACUACAACCCACUCAGGGAUUAUGAGAAGAAUGGUGAGUUGGCCCAACUUGUUCAGCAGAAACUAGAUGCCUACAAGGCUGAUGAACCAACUAUGGGAGAGGGUCCUGAGAAAGCUAAAUCCCAGUUGAUUAUCCUGGAUCGAGGAUUCGAUACUUCCACUGCGCUUCUGCAUGAACUUACAUUCCAGGCCAUGGCAUUUGAUCUGCUUGACAUACAGAACGAUGUUUACAAGUACGAAGCUAACCCAGGAACAAUGAAAGAGGUUCUACUGGAUGAGAAUGAUGAUCUAUGGGUUGAGAUGAGACAUCAACAUAUUGCUGUUGUAUCACAGAAUGUUACCAAGAAACUCAAGAAGUUUAAUCAGGAAAAAAGAGUUCAGAGCAAUGACAAAGCAUCCAUCAAAGAUCUCUCCCAGAUGAUUAAGAAAAUGCCGCAACAUCAGAAGGAGCUGGCUAAGUUCUCAACACAUCUCCAUCUGGCGGAGGAGUGCAUGAAAAACUACCAGGUUAGAUGGGAGGAAAGGGGAGAUGCAACAUAUCAACACAACAUUCCUGGAGAUCAAACUACCAUCAUUAAAAAUAUGUCAAACCUAGGAGUCAAUGUCAUUGUUGAUGGAAACCGGAAGAAGGUUUGGACCAUGAAGAGGAAGGAAAGAGUGACAGAGCAGACUUAUCAAAUGUCAAGAUGGACUCCUCUAGUGAAGGAUAUAGUAGAGGAUGCUAUUGAUGAUAAGCUGGACAACAACCACUUCCCUUUCCUGAGUGGACAGAGGCAGGGAACCAACCUAAGACAAGCCCCCAACAGACCCAAAAGACAGAAGAAGUCUCAGUCGGAGUUAGAUUUCAGCACAGAUAAAAGUGUGAGAUUUGGACAGUGGCAUAAGGAUAAGAAGGAUGCGCAGACCAAGAAUGUGCCGCGUAUUAUUUGCUUUAUCGUGGGAGGAACAUGCUUCAGUGAGAUGAGAGCUGCAUAUGAAGUAACUACAGAUAGAAAAAACUGGGAGGUUAUCAUGGGAGGAUCCCACCUCGUGACUCCUGAGGGUUUCCUCGAGGAUUUGAAGAAUCUAGGGGAGCCACAAGACGACGAAUAAAUUAAAAAUUAAUUAAAAUAUUAUUUAUUGAAAAAUUCUAGAUUUUCCUAUUUUUAAGUCAUUUCAUAGAACUUAUGCAAGCUAUAACAUUCCCGAAUUGUACUGUACCUGUACGCUGUACUUUACUGUGUUGUACACCUUACUACACGUUGUACUACACUACGUAGUACGUACGCUGUACUUUUUACUGUAAUCUGUACUGCGAGUAUUUAUUGUGCUAUGGUAUUAAAAGUAUGUACAGUAACUUUAAACGCAGUACUGUACAUAAUUUCAACGCUUAUCAUCGUACAACACCUCACGGUACGGUGUGUGGUGUACUCUGUUUCAUGUACAUUAUUCCAUAAUAUUAAUUUGCGCAUUUUGCUUUAAAUCUGCUUAAAGUUAAUAUUUUGCAGACAAAUGAUUUCCCGGCUAAAUGUUUAAAUAGCAGCAUAUCAAUCAAACUAAUUAAUAAAUUUGCAAACUCAAACAAAGUUAAUAAACCAUAGUUGUAAGUUUGAAAAAAAUCCAGUUUUGGGAGGUUAGCAUGAAAAAUACUUAAUUCCUUAUAUUAUUGAUGUUUAUAUAGUGAACGCAUAGUUUUAUUGUUCAUCGAAUUCGUUUCUAAUCUUGAUAAAACUGUUAAAAAAAAAUUCUUGAAUUUAUGAAAAUUAUUUAAAAAGUUUAUUUAUAUGUUUGUAAAUGUGUAUUCAAUGUAUUUUAGACCUAGGUCAGCUCUGAUCCAUAAUACAUGGUAAUGAAACAGAAAAAAGUUUCGCGGACUUUUUAAAAAUGUUUAGCUAAUCUACUAAAGCACCAACCACUCAUUUUAGUGGCGUUAAGUUCCAAAAAUCGUCACAUCUCCCUUUAAAUUCCAUGUAUUAUGAAUCGAUCUGACCUAAAUUCUGUUUCGUAAACUCGACUUUUUAAUAAUUGUAAUUAAGAUAUUGUUCCUUAUUGAACUGAAAGGGACUGUACAUGUUAUUUCAAGUGAACUUCCAUUUUUAGAUCGACAUUUUUGGUACCCUUUAAACCGAUGUUAUAUUAAGGAAAACGGAAAUAUCAAUUCUCGAGUUUCAUUUUUCGGAAACAAUUUCGCGGCAUUCGUACACAGUGUACUCUAGUGUAAUGUCACCAUUGUGAAUCUGACAUGUUACUUUGAAAAUGAGGGCUCACUUGAAAUUAAGUCAAAAGUCCCUUUAACGCCCCAACUGUACACUUAGCUACUAGUGGAAAUUAGAUAUUACAUUGCUAAUUAUUAUUUAAAAUAUAUCUCGUGUUAAAGUA